AUGUAAUUUCCAUAAACAUCAGGCAAGAUUAUUAUGGAUACAUCCCAUGGAGAAUUAGAAAUUGAAUUAUGGUGUAAGGAAGUGCCUAAGGGAUGCAGAAACUUCAUUCAAUUGUGUUUGAAUGGAUAUUAUGAUAAUUGUCGCUUUCAUAGAUUGUUUCCUAAUUUCAUGAUUCAAGGAGGUGAUCCCACAGGAACAGGAGAGGGAGGAAAAUCAAUGUAUGGCUAACCAUUUGAAGAUGAAUUUCAUUCCAGACUCACUUUUUGCACAAGGGGAAUUCUAGCAUAUAGUAAUGAAGGUCCUAAUACCAAUGAGUCAUAGUUUUUUAUAACAUUGGAUUCUUGUCCUUGGUUGUAAAAGAGACAUACGAUAUUUGGCAUGGUAGUAGGAAAGACCAUUUUCAAUUUGAUGGCUAUGAAUGGAGUCGACACCGAUGAAAAUGAUUAGCCAGUGACACCAAUCUUUAUAAAAAGUGCAUAAGUAGUUAUAGAUCCAUUUAAUUUGACAAUCACCGAGGGGGUUAAGCCAAAAUCUCCUGAAAAAGAAAUUAACUAAGUCUAAGAAAAAAUAAACUAGAAACCAAUUUAAAAACCUAAAUAGAAGUAAAAAAAUAUCAAUGUCUUGUCCUUUGGUGACGAAGAAGAUAAUGAGGAACAAUAACCAAAUAAGAUCUUCAAUAGUCAUGAUGUACUUAAUGAUCCUAAAUUGAAAAAGGAAUUUGCUGUAUCCCAAGAAGAAUUAGAGAUUAAAAAACAGAAGAAAUUAGAAGAAGAAAAUAAGAUUCUCUAACUCAAAUAAAAGAUUACUCAAUAAAGUAACACUUAAAUCAACAAAGAAUAGAUUGCUUAGUAUGCUAAUAAAAAUAUAUCAAUGAAUGAAAAGUAUUUAGAAAAUAUCCCAGCUGAAGAUAAACAAUUAUUAAAUUACAAAAUUAAAAAGAAUGCAAAAGGAGAAGUUCAAUACAUUUUCAAUGAAUCAGAAUCAGAAUCUUCUGAGUCUGAAUCCUCAGAAAUCGAAGAUGAAGAAUAAAGAUAAUAAAGAGAGAAAUAGUUGGAGGAAUAUGAAAAAUUAAAAGCAGACUUCCUGUAAUUUAAAGAGAAUAAAUUUGGAUCAAAUAAUCCCAUGAUUAGAGAUAGGUUACAACAUGAAAAAAUGCUAUAAUCUACUGUGGAAUAAAGGAGAGCAAGGUUUAUCCAAAAUAUGAAAGAACAAUCCCAUAAUGAGGCAUUUGAGGAAAAAGUAAGAAAGUUUCAAGAGAGACUCAAGGAUGAGAAAAUUUAAAAUGAUAAAUAUCAUUGGCUGAAUCAUAAACUAAAAUUUCAUGUUGAUUCAGCAAAUGCCUAUAAAGUUGUUGAAACAAAACAAUAAGUUUCAGACUAUCAUGCAUCAGAGAUUGUUCAUGAGGAUACAUAUAAGGUGAAAAAGGAAAAGAAAAAUAUAGACAAACUUUUAAAAUUAAGUGAAUUAUGA